GUCGCUGUUCUCCCAAAGUCCACCGAUCGUCCUGAAAUCCAUCAACUUCGAAUCCUUCCUUUUUCCAUUACCUUCUCUCUCGGGUUAAAACUAACCUUUCGGUUGUAAGUUGCUCCCAAAAAGGCACUUGAUAGAAUAACGUGUGCCAGGGCUGCAAAUCUGCUGCAAACACUGGAAAUGGGCCGGUCUAAGAAAGGCAGUGGACGUGGGAAGGGGAGAGGUCCAGGGCCUACCUCUCAGCAGAAGAUAACCGAGGUGGGAUCUGGUGAUAGUCAGAAGGAGAAGCAACAGGCAACUGCUGUUACAUGGGAAAGAAGUACUGCCCCUGCCUCCUCUGCCCAAGUUGUUGGGAAUGCCUUUGUUCACCAGUAUUACCAUAUUCUUCUCAACUCACCAGAAGUGGUGCAUAGGUUUUAUCAAGAUACAAGUUUUCUAAGCAGGCCAGAUGUGAAUGGAAAUAUGACAACAGUGACAACAAUGAAAGCAAUCAAUGAGAAGAUUCUGUCACUGCAUUAUGAAGACCAUACGGCAGAGAUUGAAACUGCAGAUGCACAGGAUUCGUAUGAGAAAGGGGUGAUUGUAUUAGUAACUGGGUAUUUAAUUGCUAAAGAUAAUGUGAGAAAGAAGUUCACACAAACAUUCUUUCUGGCUCCACAAGACAAUGGCUACUUUAUCUUCAGCGAUGUUUUAAGAUAUAUUGGAGACAGUAAGAGCCAGAUUAAUUCUGUGCCAGCUAACAGCAUCGAUGAAAAUACCUCGACAUCUGCCUUGGCACCUGAACCAGUGAGAAAGGUGACGGAAGAUUAUUGUGUUGUUUGUGCUGACACCCUCAAGUGGGUUGCCUAUGGGCCUUGUGGCCAUAAGGAGGUCUGCUCUACCUGUGUCAUUCGUCUUCGACUUGUUUGUGAAGAUCGCAGAUGCUGCCUCUGCAAGUGUGAAUCAAAUAUCAUCUUUGUUACUAGAGCAUUGGGCGAUUAUACAAAGGAAAUAAAUGAUUUUGCAGCACUUCCAGAUGAUCCACCUGAAGGUCAAGUUGGGCCUUACUGGUAUCAUGAAGGGACACAAGCAUUCUUUGAUGACUUGCAUCAGUACAAGAUGACGAAAGCCAUGUGCAUGCUGUCUUGUGCUGUUUGUCAGAAGGAUGAGCAAAGAACUGCUGGAUCAAAGAGACAGGGGGAGUUUGAGAACUUUGAGCAGCUUAAAAGUCAUUUGCUCAAGCAGCAUGAGCUGCUUAUGUGCAGUUUGUGUUUGGAAGGCAGGAAGGUAUUUAUAUGUGAGCAAAAGUUAUAUAGUAAAGCACAGUUGAUUCAGCAUAUAAGGACAGGUGACUCAACAGUUGAUGGCAAUGAGAGUGAGAGAGGUGGAUUUGCAGGACAUCCUUUGUGUGAAUUCUGUCAAAACCCAUUUUAUGGAGACAAUGAGCUAUACUUACAUAUGUCAACUGAACAUUAUACUUGCCAUAUAUGCCAAAGGCAGCAUCCGGGACAGCAUGAGUACUAUAGGAAUUAUGAUGACAUGGAGAUUCAUUUUCGUCAAGAGCACUUCUUAUGUGAGGAUGAGGACUGUCUCUCCAAAAAGUUCGUUGUGUUUUCAACUAAUUCUGAAUUGAAGAGGCAUACAGCCAUUGAACAUGGAGGACGCAAGUCCCGUUCUAAGCGUAAUGCCACACUGCAGAUACCAGUAAGCUUCCAGUAUCAACGGAGUUAUGAGCAGAAUCAUGAGGGAGGGGAACACGGUUCUCUUCUUGAUUCACCAAGUAGUCUAAUUUCGUCAGUAACUUGGACUAGUCUAGCAAUAGGUCAUGCAGAAAGGCUGCACGAUACUCCAACAAGGGCCCAAGUAGUUACCAGUGAUUCAGGAACUCGUGAAGUUAAUUCAAUUGUUGGUCCUUUUUCGUCAUUAGCAACCACAGAUUGUGAGCCAUCUUCAAGACAUUGUAACACACAACAAGAGUGUAACUAUGAUCUGCUGGCAGAAUCAUCCUUCCCUCCACUUGCUGCAACAACCAACAGCAGCCAACAGAAAUCCAGAAGCAGUUCAGAAAGAUUAUCCGGAAGCAGUUAUUGGGCCUGACCUGCAUUCAAUGAUAAACCUAAUGUGUCAACCAGGAAGUAACAGUAAGUUUCUUUCCUUCAUGUGGAUUAUCAUCCUCCUUGUGUGUCUUAGUGGGAUAGUUUGUGGUGAAAAUAGCUUGUUGCUAGAUAUAAAUGUCUGUUGCCCCAUGACAUGAAGAUAACAACUAUGGUAUAUGUUAGGUUAGAUUGGGUUGGGAAUGCCAUGUAUUUUCUCUUCUUAUUCGCAAGCCAUGGAAGUAAAGAAAUGAGCUUUUUGCUUUCCUCUGUGUGUAAUACAGACGAAGACGAAGAAGAAAUGUCAAUGCUAUGC